AGUGCGCAGGCGCAGGCGGCGUGGUGCGCAUGCGCCGCCCCGUGAGGCGAUUUUCCUGCCGCUCUCCCGCGACGCCGGGACCGCCCCCCGUUAUUAUGGCUCAGUACAAAGCGGCCGACUCGAAGCGGGAGCAGUUCCGGAGGUACCUGGAGAAGUCGGGGGUGCUCGACUCGCUCACCAAGGUAUUGGUAGCCCUCUAUGAAGAACCAGAGAAACCAAAUAGUGCAUUGGAUUUUCUAAAGCAUCAUUUAGGAGCUGCAAUUCCAGAAAAUCCAGAAAUAGAGUCAAUUCGCCUUGAACUUGCAGAAAUGAAGGAGAAAUAUGAAGCUGUUCUAGAAGAAAAUAAAAAACUAAAAACAAAGCUUGCUCAAUACGAACCACCUCAGGAAGAGAAGCGAGCGGAAUAGUUUUCCCACUUGAACCUUUGCUGUAAAGGGUCUUUUGUGACCUGCAUAGUUUGUAUAGUACGUAAUCAGUUUUCCUGGAUGGAGUCUGUUGGACCAUUCAACAUGCUAAAUUCAUUUACCGCAUUAAAGUUAUAAAAAGGGUUAAGAAUUAUGA